AUGUGUCUACUUCAUUACUUUGAGUUGCCGGAAUUUUCCGACGGCAAGGCGCAUCAUCGAGCAGGGGCACAUGCCGCUUUGGACUUUUUGACUUUACUUUCCCAGAGGGACGGCCAGGAUGGGCUGGAAAUUUGUCCCGGUCGCGAGGUGGUGACAGAGUUUGGAAUUGGGGACGAAUGGACCAAGGUGAAGGCCAAGACUGGCGAGAUCGUGUGCAUUGUUGGCGAUUUAUUCAUGUCCUGGUCGGAUGACCAGUUCCAAUCGACUUUUAAUCGUGUCAAGGCUCCUAGUGAGCCCGGUGACUAUUAUGGUGGUCGAUACAGCAUUGCUUACUUCAAUCGGCCCUGUAAUGAUUCUUUGAUCCAGGGGCCCUCGAAGAAGUGUCCAGUGGUAACAACUGGAGCUCAGUUCACCGAAAUCGCUAUAAGGCGAAACUUUGCUGCCUUGCACAAGAGGUUGAAGACGGUGGCAGCGUCAUGA